CCUCGCUCAGCCAACCAUCUGUCGCGCUUUCCUGGUUGGCUAAGCAAUAGUGUGUAUUGCGCUUGCACCGGUGGAUAUGGAAUAAGGUGGAGGUCAGAAGAAAUUCAUUUUGGGAGGACUGCUCAUGUCAGUCAAAGCUCAGUGCCUUCUGCCUUUCUCCUUAGAUAGUACAUUGUAAAUGUAUUGUUUUAAGGUUCUGAAGACAAUGCAGAGACGACACAGCAGCCUCACGGACAACCCUCCCCCAGAAAGGAACCGUAACCAGAACCAGAACUUAAGUUCAGAUUCUAAUACGGAGGAUGGAGUUUUCAAUGGACUGAAGCAAGACCCUCCUUCAACUCAGAAUCUGUUUUCCAGUUUGGCAGGACUUCAGCCGGGUCCCAUUACAGUACAGUCUGGAUUAGUUCUGGGAUCGUCAGCUGGAGGGGGUGAAGUUUUCAUACAAAUGCCUCCAGCACUGAGAGAGGAAACCAGCACGCACUCAGAAUCAAGCCCCUUUACACAUCAUCAACAUCAUCACCCUCACCACCGACAGCAGCCACAGCCACCACCACAUCACCAACAGCACCAUUUUCAGCACUCUCAUUCCCGGUCGUCUCUACUGCAUGCAGCUACUUCAGAGCGGCAUAGAGAAGAGAGCAGUGAUGAGCAUGGCACUCCUGCACCUGCCCUCUCUGAGCUCAGGGCCAUUGUAUCCUGGCUACAGAAGGGACUACCAUUUAUACUGAUUUUACUGGCUAAAGUCUGCUUUCAGCAUAAACUUGGGAUAGCUGUUUGCAUUGGAAUGGCCAGUACCUUUGCUUAUGCAAAUUCCUCUGUCAAACACCAAGUGUCUCUAAAGGAAAAGCGUUCUGUGUUUGCAGCUAUAUGGAUUGUGGUGUUCCUGAUGGCCAAUACACUUUACCUUUUAUAUAGCAUUCAAUCUCAGCAGCUGCAGUACAGCUUGAUCUUUCUGAAACCUAACCUGGACAAUUUGGAUUUCUUUGAACUCAUGUGGAUUGUGGGCAUCUCAGAUUUUGUUCUGAAAUACAUCACCGUGUCAGUGAAGUGUCUGGUGCUUGCUCUUCCAAGAAUCAUCCUAGCUGUUAAAUCAAAGGGCAAGUUCUACUUGCUGAUCGAAGAGCUUAGCCAGCUGGUUCGCUCCCUUGUACCCAUCCAGCUGUGGUAUAAGUACAUUAUUGGGGAUGAUCCAUCAAACACAUACUUCUUGGGGAGCAUACUGAUCAUUUUGUACAGCCUCUGUAAGUCUUUUGAUAUUUGUGGUCGAAUCGGAGGAUUAAGGAAAGCGGUGAAGCUUCUAUGCCACCCUCAGCAGAAGUAUGGUGUCCGUGCCUCCAGCCAGCAGUGUGCAGAAGCCGGUGAUAUGUGUGCCAUUUGCCAAGCAGACUUCAAAGACCCCUUGAUUCUUAUUUGCCAGCACGUGUUCUGUGAGGAAUGCCUGUGUCUUUGGUUUGACAGAGAGCGCACGUGUCCCUUAUGCCGUUCUGUUGCUGUUGAAACUGUCCGCUUAUGGAAGGAUGGUUCAACUUCAGCCCACUUCCAAGUGUACUGACGCAAAAAGCUGUUAGGCAUGGUGAAAGAGCGCUCUUGUCUUGCAUUGGUUAUAUAUGGUACAUGGUUACGGUUACUUUUGGCAAGCAAAAUAGCAUUCCUGGGUGAAACCAUUUUUAUUUCUGUGGUAUAAAUGGGCCAUAACAUAUUUGCCUUUCAACUGCUUUUAAGAACAAAUGUUCAUAGUGUUCUACAAACUUGUGGAAAUUAAAGGGCAUGGGUAACUCUGAUGCAAGCUUUGUUUAUUUCUGCAGUAAGAACUGUCUCUAUAUGGCUUGUAUAUUUUCCUCAUGAACAGUGUUCACACCUUCCCACAGUAUACUUGGCUUUUACAUUAUCCUGAUACGUGUAUGCCUACAUACAAGGAGAAUGGGAGCCCACCUAGUGAGGGUAUGGAAAGUAUGUAGGGUUCUUGUAUAUAAAACAGGAUCACUGGCGUAACUAUAGAGUUAGCAGAGCAUGCUAAGACCACAGUGCCUGCUUCCUCCAUAGUUAAUAAAAAAAUCCCUCUUCUCAGCUGCUUUCCUACCUACCGUGGCACAAACAAGGGUAGGGCUUGCCGAAGAUAUUUUUGUGGGGCCCCAAGCAUGUAGUAAUGCCAGUGGAUAAGAUACAUUAGUCAUACAGGUAUAGGUAAUAUCCUGCAUGCAAACCAGUUCAGCAGAGGUAUUUUAUUGUUUACUGUCUAUUAAAGGUUUUUCUUCCAGUAACAUCUGUCAGCCAUUACUUUUUGUAAAAAUCUUUCAACAGGACAGGAAUAUCUAUUUCUGGUUAGUACUUUUACUCUUCAGCCUGGGCACUGUUUGCAAGAGUUUGUAUGUUUUCCCAUUGACAUGUGUAGGUACUCUGGUUUUCUUUAACAUUCCAAAAUCAUACACCAGCAUGUUAAUUGGCCAUACCUGGUAGGAUCUGCAUAUGGCAAAUCGAGCUGAUCUUUCCUUAAUAUGCCAACCUAAGGUGGGCAGUGUCAGGCUAAUUUGAUUGUUUGGCUUAAGGCCAUAUGAUCUAAUUAAAACGGUGGGUAAAUGGGACCGAUUCUGAAGGACCUGAAUCAGCAGCUGAAAUCUGCCCGUGUAUGGCCACCGUUAAUGUCGUUAAGGCCUUAGAUUGUAUGCUGUACUGGAGUUGGGACUAAUGUGAAUGCUGUAAAGCACUGCAUAAAUGUAUCCGUACUAGAAUAUCCUUCUGCAUUUUUAAAAGCAACAGUAACAAUAUUAUUUAUUAUGAACAUUUAUUUAUAAAGUGCCAACAUAUUGCACAUCGCUGAAUAAAAGGACACCAUCACUUAUCCUCAAAAGGACUUUCCAUCUGCAUGCACUCAUUGAAUGUAUUUUGUUUUCAAUAUAUGUACUAUGCUUUUAAAACAUUCCUGAAACA